AGAACGUAAGGAUAGGCAUAGGUGGGGAAACAGACGUGGCAGCUUCCAACCUGCAUGGCGUACACGUGUAAGCUUCAACACUCCUCUCCAAUUACUUAUAAUCUCUUUAAUUAGCGAUCGAUAACAAAAAAAUUAAGACGAGACACAAGGCGAGGGAGUAAUGACAUCCAACUUGAAGCCGGCGUAUGCAUACACGGUUGUGUACGUGAAAGAUGUGGCCAAAUCUGUCGACUUCUACGCCAAGGCCUUGGGCUACAACGUCCGCCGCCUCGACGAUUCUCACAGAUGGGGGGAGCUGGAGAGCGGCUCCACAACGAUAGCGUUUACGCCGGCGAAGCAACAUGAGACGGACGACCUCACCGGGAGCGUCAAGAUCCGCGACAGAAAUCCUGUGGAGGUUUGCUUUGAUUAUGACGACGUCGACGCCGCUUUUAAGGUAUGUAUCUUUAAAUCUAAUAAUACAAUUAAUCUUGAUCAUGAUAUUGGUGAUACCAUUACAGAGAGCGGUGGAGAAUGGGGCGGAGGCGGUGGCCAAGCCGGAGGAGAAAGAGUGGGGCCAGAAAGUGGGGUACGUGAGAGAUAUCGAUGGCAUCGUGGUCAGGCUGGGAAGCCACGUACGUAGCUAGAUAAAUACUGUAUGUAAUCUCACCUUAAAUAAAUAAAUUAAAGUCAGCAGCUUUUUACCGUCUUA